GAACAUAUAUUGCAGGCAUUUAGAUGAAAAAAGCGUCUGAAUUCAUGGCGUAGAAAAGAAGUCAAGCUGACAGUUGCUCAUGAUGAGUCCAGAAGUGAGUUUAUCCAACAGUCAUGUGUCACGUGAUGAUAUGAACCAUUAAUUUCAAUGCCCCAAAAGCUGUAGGAGGAUGUUGAUCUAGGAUUUCUUCUGAUUCCUCCACUCACCUUCAGACAGAUUUGUGCCCAUCAUGUUUGUGACGGCAUACCUAGCAUUUAUAGUCCUAGCAGGACUGUGUGUGGCUUUAGAGAUCACAGCCCGGCGUCUCACCUUAUCCCAGGCCACACAGACAGCAGUCGCCAAUCCGGCUUUCCAGCGUUUCCAGAAGCUCUUUCUGAAGGCGUAUCUCCUGGCUCUCUGGGCAGACUGGCUACAAGGGCCUUACCUUUACAAACUAUACCGACAUUACAACUUCUUGGAGUCACAGAUUGCCAUCCUAUACGUCUGCGGUCUGGCUUCUUGUGUGCUGUUUGCCCCGGUGGCCGGAUGGCUGCCACAGUUUCUCGGCCGAAGACAGACGUGCCUCCUCUUCUGCUUGGCUUAUUCAGUGUGUUGCAUCACCAAACUCUCACAAGACUAUUUUAUGCUCAUUCUAGGACGUGUAUUAGGCGGCCUGUCCACUUCUCUGCUAACAACCACCUUUGAGGCCUGGUAUGUGCACGGUCACGUUGACAUCCAUGACUUCCCCAAAGAAUGGAUCCCUGUUACGUUUGGUAAAGUCGCCAAUUGGAAUUAUGGACUUGCAGUUGGUGCUGGACUAGUGGCGAAUUUGUUCGCAGAAUGGCUUGGGUUGGGACCGGUCGCUCCAUUUCUGUUGGCUAUCCCGAGCCUUGCUGCUUGCGCCUGGUUUGUGCUUUCCGAAUGGGGUCAGGAGGACAAACAAGAAGGCAUGAAUGGAGACAAAAACGCCCCCCUUCUUAACUCCCUAAACACCCCCAAGUUGCAAUUGUCAGCACGUGCCCGUUUCUGGCGUAGCUGUGUGGAUGGCCUUCGAUGCCUGCUCUCGGACCGCCGUGUUAUGCUUUUAGGAGGCGUUCAGGCACUUUUUGAAAGCGUGCUGUAUAUUUUUGUAUUCCUGUGGACUCCUGUUUUGGAUCCUCAUGGCCCACCUUUAGGAAUCGUAUUCUCCAGUUUGAUGGCGGCCACCAUGGCGGGCUCCACACUUUUCCGAUUGGCCACAUCAGCCCCGUAUCGACUCCAACCCGGUCAUCUGCUCUGCCUAGCCAUUCUUCUAGCGUUCUUCUCCUUCUUCAUGCUGACGUUCUCCACCGUGCCUGGCCAGCCCCGGCCCAGGGAAUCUCUGCUCGCUUUCCUUCUGCUGGAGCUGGCUUGUGGGCUUUAUUUCCCAGCGGUGAGUUUCCUCCAGGGUCGUGUGGUUCCCGUGGAGCGCAGAGCUGCAGUUUUGGCUUGGUUUCGUUUGCCUCUGCACCUCCUGGCCUGUCUGGGGCUGCUGGCGCUUCACGGGGAGGUUUCAGGGUCCGGUGCGGGAGAGGCUGGCAGCGGCACCAGGCACAUGUUUGCAGGCUGUGCUGGGAUGAUGCUGGCCGCUCUGCUCGCCGUUAUCAGCCUUUUCACUGUGGGCAGGAAUGAUGCCGACCUGAGAUUAGAGGGCCCCAAACUGGAAGGAGAAAUCUGAGUUGGACAGUGGAUUAUAUAUGGACUGUUGAAGUGAAUCUAUUCAAUAGGAUAGAUCAGUGUUUCCCAACCCUGUUCCUGAAGGCACACCAAGACAUUUUCAACCUCUUCCUAUUCAAACACACCUGAAUCAACUCAUCAGAACAUUAGAAGAAAACCUGAAAUGAAUGGGUCAGAUAAGGCAGACAGCCAAAAUAUGAACUGUUGGGUUGCUUCCAGGAACAGGGUUGGGAAACACUGGGAUAGACCUUUGAGAUGAAACAUCUCAUUUUCAACGGCGUCCCUAUGAAGUACAUAAAAGAAAAAAGAAAAAAAAAGAGUACAAUACAUCAAAACAAACAGAGAUUGUGGACUGUGGUUUUAUAUACUUUGUUUCUUUCCUCAUGCAUUCUGUCUUGGUUAAACAAUUGUAUUUAUGGGUAAAUGCGAAUGUUAAUAGAACCAAUAAACUCAAAAUCGGAUGUAUUUCUAAAAUGUGUUUAGGAAUUAAAUUGGGGCGCGAUAUGUUCAACAAGUCAGUGAGCCGGUGAGGGAUCACAAACACACAUUGUGAAAUGCGUAGGGUUUUUUUUUUAUCCAUACGGCGUGCGGUAUAAAAUUCCAUUAAAACUACACUCUUCUAGCAGUUCAUACUCUCAUCCAAUAUCUUGUUUUGACUUGGGGGGGGCAUGCAUGAAAUGCUCCUGAAUGAAAGUAAAAAAGUGGCAAACUGCAGUUAAAGUCGACAAAUUAAAAAUAAAACACUUGAGAUUACAUGAAACUCCAGAGGAAAUGUUGGAUAGUGUGGUGAAGCAAUGACAUAAAUCAAACUGUGCUAUAACAUGUAAAACAGAAUCAUGAAAGGAACAUUCAAAACACAACUAAUGUAAACACCUUAAUCAUUGUAUUAUCCUAUUUAGAUUAAGACAAAUAUUUUGAUUACUGAUGCAAACAUUUAUUUUAACACCAAGCCGAUACCCUGGAGUAGAUUCCCUAUACAGUAUGUAUUGAACUGUGGCUACUGUUUGAGCUACAAUUAAAGCACAGUGUGAUUAUUAAAACAAUAGGCUAUGCAUUAGUAAUAAAUGCAAUAAGACAGUUUUUACAUCCAUCUCAUGCUGCACACAGACCAUACGGACAGGUUAAGGUAAGCAUUUUCAUUUAUUGAAAUAGAUGGCAACUGAACAAAUUAAGGCUCAUGAACAAACAUCUUAGAAAGCACUGUAAAUAAAUGCAUAUUUGAAAAAUAUAAAAAUAAAAAUUACAAAAUAAA